CUUUAAGAACUCCUUACCACCAAAUCAAUGACUGCAGAGGAGAAGAGCUUGAGUUUGACAGGGAACCCCAAUUGGCUUCCAGAGUCAGUGUGCACUUGACUGUAUUAAGGGCCUAAAGAAAUAAGUUUUCAUUUCUCAAGAUUAAAGAAAAAGACAGAAAGUUGUUACCACUGGCAUUUACCAUCAUGGAGACCAAGAGUCAUCAGGAAGAAGAAGCCACGCCUUCCCGCAGGAAGAAUUCUAUAGUAGAAGGAAGUCUUUUGGUGUUGAAAGCUGCUCAAAGGGAAGAUGUGGAUGAACUCCAGCAACUGCUGGAGGGAGGGGCUAACCCGAAUGAGAGUGAGGAAUGGGGCUGGACCCCUCUGCACAAUGCAGUGCAAUGUGGCAGGGAAGACAUAGUUGAACUUCUGCUUCGUUAUGGUGCUGACCCUCAUCUGAAGAAGAAGAAUGGAGCCACACCCUUCAUCAUUGCUGGCAUAGUAGGACAUGUGAAUCUCCUCAAGAUUUUCCUUUCUAAGGGAGCAGAUGUGAAUGAAUAUGAUUCAAAUGGCUUCACAGCCUUCAUGGAAGCCGCUUUGAAUGGUAGGGUUGAAGCUUUAAGAUUCCUUUUUCAGAAGGGAGCAAAUGUGAAUUUGAGGAGAGUGACAAAGGAGAACCAGAGGCUGCUUAAGAAAGGAGGGGCCACUGCUCUCAUGGAUGCGGCUGAAAAUGGCCAUGUGGAAGUCGUGAGAAUCCUCCUUGAGGAGAUGGGGGCAGAAGUCAAUGCCCGUGACAAUAUGGGCAGAAAUGCCCUGAUCUAUGCUCUUGUGAAUAGUGAUGACAAUGUGGAAGAAGUCACUAGCCUUCUGCUGAGCCAUGGGGCUGAUGUCAAGGUGAGAGGAGAAAAAGGGAAGACACCCCUUAUCCUAGCAGUGGAAAAGAAAUGCCUUGGUUUGGUCCAGAUGCUUCUGAAACAGGAGAAUUUAGAGAUUGAUGACACAGACUUUGAGGGCAAAACAGCACUGUGGAUUGCUGUCGAGCUCAAAAUGAGGGAAAUAGUCCACUGCUUGUGUAAUCACAAAGCCAGCUUGAGCUGUGGAAAUCUUAUUGGGAUAGCAAGGCGGAAUUAUGACCAUUCACUUGUCAAGCUUCUUCUCCAGUAUGGAGCUGAAGAACAUGUUCACCCUCCUGCUGAAGACUGGGUAGCCCAGAGCUCACAUUGGGGAAAAUCCCUGAAAAAUCUCCACAGCAUAUACCGCCGACUAAUUGGCAAACUGAAAAUCUUCCUGGUUGAGGAAUAUAAAAUUGCAGACACAUCUAAAGGGGGCAUCUACCUGGGGUUCUAUGAGGGACGAGAGGUGGCUGUGAAGUUGUUCCAGGAAGACAGCAUAGAGGCACAAAAGGAAAUGUCCUGUUUGCGAAGCUGCCGAGAGAGCAGUAACUUCGUGACCUUCUAUGGGAGCGAGAAUCACAAGGGGUGUCUAUAUGUGUGUAUGGCCCUCUGUGAACAGACUCUGGAAGAGCACUUGGAGGUUCACAGAAAGGAAGCCAUGCAGAACCAGGAAGAUACUGUUGCCCAAACUGUCCUAUUAUCUAUAUUUAAGGCUGUUGGAGAACUACACUUGUCUCAUGGAUAUACCCACCAGGAUCUGCAGCCACGAAACGUCUUAAUAGAUGCCAAGGAUGCAGUUCGCCUGGCAGAUUUUGAUCAGAGCAUCAAGGGGACUGGAGAUCCACAGGAAAUCAAGAGAGAUCUAGAGGCCCUUGGACGGCUGGUCCUCUAUGUGGUAAAGAAAGGAGAGAUUCCUUUUGGGACACUGAAGGAUAAAAAUAAUGAAGAAGUGGUUCAACUUUCUCCAGAUAAGGAGACUGAGGACCUCAUUCAUCACCUUUUCUGUCCUGGGAAAAAUGUAACAGACUGUGUUAGCAAUUUGCUGGAUCAUCCCUUCUUCUGGACCUGGGAGAAUCGGUAUAGAACACUUCGGAAUGUGGGAAACAUAUCUGAUAUCAAAAUUCGAAAACAAACAAGUGAAAUCUACGGGCUACUGCAUUCUGAGCCAUCUGUAUCGUACAGUUUUGACAAAUGGACAUCUAAGAUUGAGAACCAUAUUAUGAAAACAAUGAAUGCGUUCUAUAUUAAAAAUGGCAAUUCCUAUCAGGACAUUGUGGGUGAUCUGUUAAAAUUCAUCCGGAAUUUGGGAGAACACAUUGAUGAGAAAAAAAAUGAAAAGAUAAAGAAGACAAUUGGAGACCCAUCCUGUUAUUUUCAGAAGAAAUUUCCAGAUCUAGUGAUCUAUGUCUAUAACAAACUACAGAACACAGAAUAUAGCAAGCAUUUUCCCCAAACCAAUAAGCCAAUGCAGCUGCUGUGUGACAGAGGGGCUGGAGUGAGUGAACCCUGAGUGCUGACAGAGUCUUUCAAGCUCAAGAAGAUAAUGAUUAGCUGUGUAGUUCUUGGUAAAUUGCAACUUUCUAGGCCCAACCAAGCUGUUAGUUUAUGAAGGACCAAUCAGAUAGCUGAUGUGUCUGUUUCUGGCACACUGCAUCCAAUAUACAUCUAUAACAAGCAAUUAACUACACUAGUCCAUUUAGUGGUGCAGCUUCUUGACUGGAACUAGAAGGGAAAUCUAUGAUACCUUUUGUCAGCACAUCAAAGGAAUGAGUGUCAACACCUCAAAUAUUGCAUGUUUUACAACAAUUAUAUCAAGUAACUUUUCCAGUGGCUUUGGAAAACAGAAUUUAUUAUCCCCAUUGAAAAACUCGAGAGUUUGAGCCCUUUGACCCAAACCAUGUAACUUUUGUUGAAUGCUGUAUAAAUGGGCAUGAUUAUUUUUAUCUUCUAUAUGGACAUUUUAAAACUUCAUUCGAAGUCCAAGGUCUUUCUAAUUGGAACCAAACAAACAAACAAAGAAACAUGGCAAAGAGUCCUAGGAAAUUUAUUCAUUCAUUCACUCAACAUUUGUUGAGCAUCAGUACAGUCUAGGCUCUAGUUGCAUGAAUGUUAUUCCUUCUAGAAGAACCUACACUGGUUUUCCAAGACAGUAAUUCUCAACUUGGGGCAUUUGGUCUGAAGACAUUUUGGGUGUCAUAGAUUGUCGGGGGGGCGGGUGGUUUGGAGUGGCCCUACUGGCAUUGAGAAAGCAGAGCCCAAUGAUGCUAGUAAACAAGACAAUCCCACAACAACAAAUCAUUCAGUGGUGCUGAGGUUGAGAAAAGUUGUCUUAUGAGCUCAGGGCUCCAGACUAUGGAGUCUGGAGGAGUGACCCAGGCACAUUUUUUUUCCUACUGGGUUUGUAAUGAGGCUGGGCCAUCUGAUGUCAGUUACUGAAGUUUUCCAUCCAGCCUUACUUCACAUGCUGCAUUCUCAGUGCUGUCUGUAGGUCCCUGAUGUAGAAUCUACAGCCACAUUAGAACAUGUUUCUUUCCACCUCAUGGUUUUGGUUUCUUCACUGAAAUGGGAGCUCCUUAGGGCUAAAGACUAUAUUUUGAAUUUAUUUCUUCACUACCCAGUGAAAUAAUUGUUCUAUUGAUAUCUAUCUAUCUAUCUAUC